AUGAGCUCCAAAAGGGACCGCAUCCCCAUCCGACGAGUCUCUCGCUCCAUUUCUCGCGGAAAUGGUCAUAUAUCUCAUGUGUCGGACUCCCGGCAUUUCCUAGAUGAUUCGUGGGAUGAUGAAGGUAGUUUCCAGUCCUUCGACGCCAGUCACUAUGCCCUUCAAACCCUCAACAAGCAGAUCGAACGAAGACUCGCAAAGCUGCAAGCCAAUACAGUCCGACUGAAGCGUGAACUGUGGCUGCUCCAGCGACACAUCAAAGAAUUCCGCCAUCCUCUUUUCGAGAACUGGGAAGCCGACUUGCUCACUCGUCUUAUCGAGGUUGCUCACGCCCAUCAGUAUAAGAAGCUGCCAGUCGGCGUUGUGAUCGGAGAGUCUUCGUUUGCCGAGCGAGAAAAGAUCAACCAUGCAUACAGCACCGCAGCGAAGGGAAUCCGCAUGCCGACUCUUCGUAAGCUUGGUCUUUCGGAGAAGUAUCAUCAGGCUCUCCAACGAUAUUCCGAGGUCGUUCCUUAUCGAAGUCAGAAUCCUUUCCAGACUGAGUUUGCAUUCGCCAAGUGGCUGGUUGAGGUGCGGGACGAUAGACCAGAACUCUAUGGAUUUUGGUCCAAACUUUUCCCCGUCUGUUACGACCGUACCGUCCAAGAGAGUGCUUCCAUCUUCUAG